AGUCAACCGUGUUGCUAUGUGUAGUUGUAGUAUAAUCAUUUUCUUUCUCUGUGAUGCUCCGCUGUAGUCAGAUAUCAGAAUUUGUCUAGUCUUUUCAAAGAAAUUGGUAUCAAGAGAAACUGACCAACUAUUUAAAAGACUGUCCUUUGUUGUUGACAGUAACAAUAGCUUUAGCAAAUUAAACACUUGGGGAAAAACCCAAAGGUCUCACUUGGCCCAGAGCUUGACUCUGGACAAAUGCUGUAGGAGAGGGAGUACAGGAAGGCAGGAGCAUACCUGUAGUAGAGAAAGUACUGGUUGGUGUUCAGGAGGCCCAAGAUGCAGUCGUCCCACUAAUAGGUGUAUGAUCUUGGACACACAUCCUCCUUAAGUCUCAAUGAUAAAGCAAUGACUUGUUUUCCCCUCUCUCUGUGUUAUCAAAUGCCUACUAUCUCACAAAACACAAUAGGAAAAAAACACAUAUGCUUUUAAAAUUCCUGCCUCAUGCAAUGUAUGCCUUUGUCAGGAAGAUAGAUAAUUAAUAAAGGUGUGCUACCUCAGGUGACCAGAGGCGCUAGAAAGACAAAGCAGGAAGAAAGGAUGGAAGCAACCUCAUCCAGGUGUUCAGGGAGUCCUCUCUGAGGGGGUGGUGUCUGAGCAGAGCCUGCAGGAAGUGUGGGAGUGAAGCCCAUGGUGCUCUCAGGGAAGGAACAAUGAGGGCUGCUUUCCUCCUACAGUCACAUAUGUGGCGUGUUUGAGAACAACCAGGAGUGAGGUUCAUCCGUGAGAAGCCAGUGGGAAAGUGAAGAGCAAGGUCAGAAAGGUGCCUGGAGGCGAGGUCAUGCAGGGCCAUUGAGGUCAUAACAAGACAGGAUUUUAUUCUACAUGUGAUAGGAAACUGGAACUGAAUGACUUGGGAAAGCACGUGACUUGCCUUCCAAUGGUGAUAAAAAAAUACCAACAGUAAGUGUAAUUUAUUGAAUCCUUAGUGUGGUUUAGGCAUUAUGCUAAGACUUCCCAUAGUUUAUCCCAUUUAGUUGUUGCAAGGAUGCAGUGAUUUUGUAAUGUUUAAAUGAGACAUUUGUCUCCUUCAGUCUCCUGCCCAAAUACUUGUUCCUUCCUCCACCCCACAACUGCUUCUCUGUUUCAUGUGAGCAGAGAGAGAUGAAUGGCCUUUUAUGCACAUUCUAGUAAAUUAGGUUGGUUCAUUUACUCACACAACAAGCACAGACAACGCUGGAGUUUGGAAAGGUGAAGAAGUCAUGCUCCCUGGACAACAGGAGCCUUUAACACGCCUUUUACCUGCUGAAGUACUCAGGAUAUUUGUUCUUCUAUUAACUGUAGUGAGCAUUGUGUGGGUCCCAUUGGUUCAAGUGUCUCAAAACGGACAACUAAUCCAUUACACAGAAUCAAUUUCUAGCUACCUUGGACCUCCAAUUGCAGCUGUUUUUGUGCUUGCCAUCUUCUGUAAAAGAGUCAAUGAACAGGGAGCAUUCUGGGGUCUAAUGGUUGGACUUGCGAUGGGCCUCAUUCGUAUGAUAACAGAGUUUGUUUAUGGAACAGCGAGUUGCUUGGCUCCAAGUAACUGUCCCAAGAUUAUCUGUGGAGUGCACUAUCUCUACUUUUCCAUCAUUCUCUUUUUUGGGUCCAUGCUGGUCGUCCUGGGAAUUUCCCUCUUAACAAAACCCAUUCCUGAUGUACAUGUGAGUGAUGAGUAAUGGAUAUAUGCUAAUUUUAAAAGAAGAGUUAUUUGCCUUUUAGUGUAUGAGUGUAUGAGUUC